AUAUUAUUAUUCAUCGAUGAGAGUUGUGAAAAUAAAAUAUUUUUUUUAGUUUAACAUUAUCUUCGAACGUAAAUAUAGAUAAUUAAAUGAUAAUUGAAUUGCGAUAGAUAUUCAAUUAGUGAUUAAGCAUAAAGUUUUGCAAUUGUUUAUGUUUAGUAUCUUGAAAUAAUAAAAUAAGAUCAUCCACGCCUUAAAAAGACUGAACAAGAAAGAAAAAAAUAUGGAUAGUAAGGGACGUAAUGUAAUUGUUUGCGACAAUGGAACCGGGUUUGUAAAAUGCGGUUAUGCUGGCAGUAAUUUUCCAGCGCAUAUAUUCCCUUCAAUGGUUGGCAGGCCAAUUAUACGUGCGGUAAAUAAAAUCGGUGACAUUGAAGUUAAGGAUUUACACGUCGAUGAUUUGAUGGUUGGCGAUGAAGCUUCACAAUUGCGUUCAUUGCUUGAGGUAUCAUAUCCCAUGGAAAACGGUGUGGUGCGAAAUUGGGAAGAUAUGUGCCACGUGUGGGAUUAUACAUUCGGGCCCAAGAAAAUGAAUAUCGAUCCAACAAAUUCUAAAAUAUUGCUAACGGAAGCACCAAUGAAUCCCUUAAAAAAUCGUGAGAAAAUGAUUGAGAUUAUGUUUGAGAAAUAUGGCUUCGAUUCAACUUAUAUUGCGAUACAAGCCAUGUUGACAUUAUAUGCGCAAGGUCUAAUAUCGGGCGUGGUGAUUGAUUCCGGUGAUGGUGUAACGCAUAUAUGUCCUGUUUAUGAAGAAUUUGCUUUGCCACAUUUAACGCGGCGAUUGGAUAUUGCCGGCCGUGAUAUAACGAGAUAUUUAAUUAAGUUAUUACUGCUGCGUGGCUACGCUUUUAAUCAUUCCGCAGAUUUUGAAACUGUCCGCAUGAUGAAAGAGAAACUUUGUUACAUUGGUUACAAUAUUGAAAUGGAACAGAGACUAGCUUUGGAAACGACAGUGCUAGUAGAAUCUUAUACAUUGCCUGAUGGACGUGUAAUAAAAGUGGGCGGUGAACGUUUUGAAGCUCCUGAAGCCUUAUUCCAACCGCAUCUUAUCAAUGUGGAGGGUCAAGGCAUAGCCGAAUUAGUGUUUAACACGAUACAGGCAGCCGAUAUAGAUAUGCGGCCCGAAUUGUACAAACAUAUAGUAUUAUCAGGCGGCUCCACCAUGUAUCCAGGUCUACCAAGUCGUUUAGAAAGGGAAAUUAAACAAUUAUAUUUAGAACGUGUACUAAAAAACGAUAGCGAUAAAUUGGAGAAAUUUAAAAUUCGUAUUGAAGAUCCUCCUCGACGGAAGGAUAUGGUGUUUAUCGGGGGUGCAGUUCUAGCUGAGGUUACAAAAGAUCGCGACGCUUAUUGGAUGUCCAAACAAGAAUAUCAGGAGCAGGGUAUUAAAGUUUUACAAAAAUUGCAAAAAAAUACCGCCUGAGAAAAGUCAAUUACAAAGUCAUAGAAAGCUGAAAAAUAAACUGAACUAAACUUUCCAAUCCAUCUAAACUACUUCGGUCGGUUUUGAUCAAUUUUUAGAACAUUUUUUUUUUUUUUUUUAUGUAAUUUAUUACAAUCUGUGUCUGUCGUUUCAUUGGUUUUUCUUUUUCAUAUUUAAAUUUUUUUUUUUUUUCGUUUUCUUAAGUAAAAAAA